AUGGCGCCAAUUCUCACCACAAACCCAUCCCUCACUCUCACCCCGGAGCCUCUCACCCCCGAAAAUUUCGCUCCCUUUGGCACUGCGAUCUGCCCACCUCUCCCGCGGGACAUCAGCAUCCCACCGCAACCGUCGCACCUCCCAGCAUACAACCCAGCCCCUAUAUUAGCAAACCAAGGCUCCGCGCUGAAAUACAGUCCCAUCUCGCCACUGUUAGAUCGCUACAAUGCGUGUCCCAGCGGCAAGGCGUCGUCCGCGCGGAUGACCAUGUUCUGCUGCUUUCCGCGCAAACUGCGAAGUGUCACCGCGGGUCGGCAACAGGCCGACAAGGAGGUUUUCGACGUGCGCAUUCUUGAGCGACACCCUUUCACGAACCAGACUUUUAUUCCUGUUGAUCUGUCGAGUCACUCCCAAGUCGGAGGCAGUGGAGAAGAAGAGCCCGUGUUUCUGGUUGUUGUUGCGCCAACGCUGAAGGGCGAGACGGCCACCGCCAAAAACGAGAAGGGGAAGAUUAUUACUAUUCGCGACCCACCCGAUCUCCAGAAUGUGAAGGCGUUUAUUGCGCGCGGCGGGCAGUCCGUUAACUACGGGGUGGGGACUUGGCAUGCGCCUAUGGUGGUCCUGGGUCAACGGCGGGUUGAUUUUAUGGUUGUGCAGUUUGUGAAUGGGGUUGACGACGAGGAUUGUCAGGAGGCGGCGUUUGGGGAGGGCGUUGUUGUUGAUCUGGGUGCAAAGGGGCAGCACGGAAGGGCUGAGAGGGCUACCAACAGAUUGUGGUCGAAGCUGUAA